AUGUCGUCAUAAGGCGCCAAUAAUUGCAUGAUAAUUAGUCUACUUUCGGAAUUAAGGAGCGUGCAUUUGUUGUUUACAAACAGGCAGCGUUUCUGAACAUCUGUCAGUAAUAUGCCUGACACAUCGAAAACCGCAUCAUAUUUUACAUUGUCUAACAUUCGGUGGAUAGGCAAUGGAGAAAUAAAAGAUCGCCGGCGUAACACACAGCAUUAUAGGAGGUUUAUAAAAGAUAACGAAACCUAUUCUCUUGGAGAUUGUGUCUUUAUUUCUCGCGAGGAAAACAUCUCAGGAUCUUGUGAUCUGGAAAAUUGCUAUGUGGCCCAGAUAAUUGAUUUAUAUGAAAAAGAACUUGUAUACAGUAAAAGUGAAGUCCAGAGAUUUGCUGUAGUGAGGUGGUAUUGGCAGUUUUCCGAAGUCCCUAAACAUCUUCAAAAAAUGUUGAAAGGUCAAGAGAUGGCAGAUAAUGAAGUCAUAUUGGACAUGACCAAUCAAUUUGAAAGAGACAUUGAAUUGGAUACCAUAUUGGGCAAGUGUAAGGUCCUUCAUAUUACAGAUGAUGGUUCCCCAAAUCGUCAUAUUCAGAAAGAAGAAAACAACAACACAGACAAAGUAUUUUUUGCCAGAAAAGGUUUUAAAGGAAAGACUUUUACUCAGUUAAGUGGAGAUGAAAAUCAGGACUUGUUUAUAAAUAGCUGCCCCGGUACACCUCAAAACAAUGGUAAAAGAAGAGACUCAGCGAACAGAGCUUGCUUGACACCAAAUGGGAAUCGACUUUUAGACAAAGUUUUUUCUUCAUCCGAACAAAUUCUGAAAAAAAUCACUAACUCAAAAGCUGGGAAUGGAAAUGAACAUGUGAAAAAUUGGCCAACAAUGGAAACACUUUUCAAAAAAACUGACAAUAUGACAUGUCUAACGUCACCAUCAUUGAAUAAAGACAAAACAAAUAAUAAUGCACUCUCACCACUUCAAAGGCUAGAAAGAUUGAACCAAAAAGCUGUAGUGGACUUGAUUAACAAAGAUUCUGAUGAUGAAAAUGUAAAUGACUCUUUGUCCAGCAGUUCUGACAGUGAGUCAGACCAUGAGGCACUUAAUGGUGAGGCACUGAAUAAAAGGUUUAGGGAUAGUGAGGAUGAAUUUGAUACUAAGAACAUGAUCUCCACCAAAAGGCAAAAGAUGGAUAUCAGUGAUGAAGAACCAGAUGUGAAGUCUUCUGUCAAGCCCAACAAAAUCCAAGUUAAGAAAUCAAAUAGAAAAAACAAUGUAGAGCAAAGAAAGUCUUUGAAUAAGAAUAUCAUUAUGCUUCCUGUGGUCAAACUAGAUAAGCUUGAUAAGGCUGAUUUCUAUUUUGGCAGUAAUACUUUUAAAGACAAAGAUAACAUUGACAAGAAAGAUGAUAAAAGUACCAAAAGCCCAUCUAUUAGUUUGUCAGAAAAUUUAGAUAUUCCCAGAGCAGUUUCUAAAUUAGUCAAUUCUCCACGUAGAAGGAAGUCAAUAUUUGAAGCCCCUGAAUGUGAAAUUCUUACUAAGACUCCACUUGCUAAGAGGAAAGGCUCUGACAAAACUCCAGACACUUUGGAAGCGGGUAGACGUCGUUUAUCAGUCAAUUUAUUUGGAUCAAUAGAGAUCUCUUCAAAUGCAAGUUUGGAUUUAUCCAAAGCAAGCUCACCAUCAAAACCCUUGGAGGAGUCUGAUUCUGAACAAGAGGAUGUCUUCAAAGAUUUGAAGAAAAGACUUUCAGUAACCUUUACACCUAUCAGGUCGAGCUCGAGGGUAGUGAAAACUCCAAAGAGAUUUUCUCCACAAGCAGAUACAACUCCUAAAAAAGAGAAGUCCCAAAGCUUUACAAACCUGAUUAGCAGCAGAGAAAGAUCUCAGUUUAAUACUCCAGACAAGAAUCUCACGCCACAAAAGUGUGGCCCUUUGAAUACACCAACUCGCCAGUUGCGUGGUUUAAACUUGAAUGAUUCCCCAUCAUCUGCUUCAAAGCGUGCUACACCGAGAAGAGCGACAUUAUUAAAGAAGGUGUCAUACGCUGAACUCAGCCAAUCAGAUGAGGAGAUACUUCCUGAUACUAUCGCAAAAUCACCAGGUCGAGUGAGAAUUGGCAGAAAACAAACACCACAAAAAUAUGAUGCUUUGAAUACACCAACUCGUCAGUUGAGUGCUAUAAGUUUGAAAGAUUCCCCAUCAGCAACCUUAAAGCGUGCUACACCAAGAAGGGCGGCAACAUUAAGGAAAGUGUCCUAUGCUGAAUGUAGCCAGUCAGAUGAUGAGGUACAGCCUGAGCCAGUCAGAAAAUCAUCCAGUCGAGUAGGAAGCGACAAAAAAAUUAUAUACAGAAGUAUCCACAAAGGUUCUGCUCGUCUGUCCUUAAAAAAAAGUGACUUUGAUGUUGAUGACAAUAGUGAUGUAGACAAGGAUUAUGAUGUCAAUAAGGACAUUGCAAGUGAAGAAGAUUCUUCUUUUAACAGUAGCGGGGAUGAACUUAGUGGCCAAGAAGACAAGAGCAAACCAAAAAAGAAAGGAAGGCAUAAAAAAGAAAAAUCGACUGCUUCAGUUGUCAAAUCAGCCAGAUUAUCCCGAGUACUUUCCAUUGCCAAACCCAAUUUACCAACAAUUACUUCUUCCAAGAAAGUGUUAAAAACAGAUUUAGAGGAAGCCAGAAGCAGAUUGCAUGUGUCUGCUGUUCCUGAUUCUCUCCCUUGUAGAGAAAAAGAGUUUUCUGAUAUCUUUACAUUUGUUGAAAGCAAACUUAUGGAUGGUACUGGUGGGUGUAUGUACAUCUCUGGAGUACCUGGCACUGGGAAGACAGCCACUGUCAAAGAAGUGAUGAAAAUUUUAGAAGCAGAGCGAGAUGAGGGAAACUUAACCAAUUUCAAAUUUAUUGAAAUCAAUGCCAUGAGACUCACAGAACCAAGGCAAGCUUAUGUUGAAAUACUGAAGGCUUUGACAGGUAAUAAAGCCACAGCUGACCAUGCUGCUAGCCUGCUGAAUAAAAUGUUUACAUCACCAGGACCUCGUUCUGAGUCAGUUGUUGUUUUACUAGAUGAGCUGGACUUACUGUGGACACGCAAACAAGAUGUCAUGUACAAUAUCUUUGAUUGGCCGACCAAGGAGAAGGCCAAGCUAAUAGUUCUUGCUGUGGCCAACACCAUGGACUUACCCGAAAGGAUGAUGAUGAAGAGAGUUGCAAGUCGUUUGGGUUUAACAAGAAUGACAUUCCAGCCAUACACCUUUAAACAGCUUGAGGAAAUUGUUUUGUCUCGUAUGAAAGGUCUCAAAAUAUUUGAUAGCGAUGCUGUCCAGCUUGCUGCUAGAAAGGUUGCAGCUGUUUCGGGAGAUGCUCGCCGUGCUCUAGACAUAUGCAGGAGGUCAACAGAAAUUGCUGAAUCCAGAGCAGGAAAUGAAGACACUGCCUUGGUUAGCAUGGUGGAUAUUAAUUCAGCUGUGGAGGAAAUGUUUUGCUCCCCAAAAAUCCAUGCCAUCAGAAACCUUUCUCUACAAGAACAAAUGUUUCUGCAAGCAGUAGUAGCCGAGUUUCAAAGGGCUGGCAUUGAAGAGGCUGAGUUUUCCAAAUUAUUUGACCAGCACUUGACUCUCUGUCGCUUUGAAGGUAUUCAUGCACCCUCUAUGACUGAAUUGUCUGCCUUAUGUCAACGUUUAGGAAGCAUGCGCCUACUUCUUGUAGAACCUGGGCAUCUUGACCUGCGCAUGCGAGUACGCCUGAAUGUAAGUCAGGAUGAUGUAGUGUAUGCCCUGAGAAAGGACUCGCAACAUUCAUGAAAUCUGGCUACCCAAUAAAAUGUUACAUUUAACGAAGAUCUUAUACAUUGAUUUUGAAUGUAUUCAUAUUUUGACUUGCAUAAAUUAUUUAAAUAUUCAUGUUUCCUUAUCUUUGUGUGCAUGUAAAGUUGGAGAUGGACACAUUGUGAUUCACUGGUUAUGAGUGACACUUGAUUCACUGGUCAUGUAUUUCAUGUGGUGUACAUAUUUAAGCUUUACAGUAACUGUUUUUUCUUUAUAUUUGGGCAUAUUUUUUUUCUUUUUGUAGUAUGAUUUUGGUACAAAUAUAUUUCAAUUUAAAGUUAAUCCUAAAAGAGGCUUUACUUAUUUCUUUGUCUCUCUCUCUCCCUCUCUCUAUCUCAAUAUAUAUAUAUAUAUAUAUAUAUAUAUGUUUUACCGAUGCAUAGAUUAGUCAGGUGCUUAUUUUCAAAUCAGACUAUAAAAAAUUCUAAUUUCUCAAUUAGUCUGCAUCUCCUUCUGGUAGAGUGAAGCCACUUUUAUGGUUUUAAUUGAAACAUUAAUUUUAAAAUAUCAUUCAGUCUGAAAAAUAUGCAGAAGUUGGCAAAGCAGAUUUAUAACUAUAACAUAUAAAAUGUGAAAAAGAAUUAUUCAUUUUUUUUGUCUACACUUGCAUACAUGAAAGAAGGAAUUCCUUUUUUUAAAACAAAUUGAAUGUUCAUUACUUUCCAUCUAUUUCUUUGAUUUUUUUGUCUCUCUUUAAUAGGAUCAGUGUUGUAGUUGUGUAAAUGAAGUACACCUUGCCUUAGAUUUGUUAUUGCCACCUUAAUGACUUUCACAUUAUUCCUUGGGCUAAUCAUUGCAUAGUUCUGAUGGUUUCUAUUUGUUUCUUUGACUACUUCACAUUUUGUAAUGAUUCAUGUAGUUCUUUUAACUUGUCAUCUUCUGGUCAAAGUGUACUUCCUAACUCAAUCCUACCUGACCUACCUUAUAGCAAUACACAAAUAGGAACAUUAAUUGGUGUAAAAGUCUCAGCAUUAACUCAAUUUAUUUUUAUUAUUCCUGUAUGACUAUGAAUGAAAUGAAUUAAUUUCUGUAUGACUUUGUGCAAAUGAAAUUAAGAAAUAAGAUCACAAUGACAUAUGCUACAAAUGUAUAUUCUGAAAGCAAGUAUUUAUUGUUCUGAAAGAUUGAACCUCUGUUUGGUUUACUCCUGAUUAAUACUUAAUGAAAUAAAAUGAUCUUGUGUUUCAAUUGUGUGUCUGUCACAUUUGUUGUCACUAUUUCAUGGAAUAAAUUUUGAAUUAAACAACC